UCCAGUAUUUGUGGCUCACUCUUUCAAUGACCAGCAAGCCACCAGCAUCUGUCCCUGAGAAAGCCUCUACCCUUGCUACCGGUAAGGGUAUACCUGGCAUUGACCCGAAGCUUCCUACCCAUACCCCUCCCGCUUCCUACGAUGUUCUCUCUAGUGGUAAGGCCAGACCUGUACAAGUGGCCAAGUGGCCUCCGAUGCCUGGUGGAGUCCCUCUCCCCAAGGGAGGCAUCGGUGGGGUCUGGCGUGGAGCCUUUGAGGUCGCUUCUGCUUACACCGCUCUCAACCUAGAGAGGCAACGCUUCGCUAAUAUAAUCAGAUUGGGGACUUUCUGCCGUGUGGUGAUCUGGCCGGUUAUUCCUCUCGUUGGUCUAUUCCACUACAUUCGUCAGCGUGACCGUGACUGGUACGCCUUAGAGUUGCUCAGGUCGAGGUGCAAGAGCGAAGAUUGUGCUGCCUUUUAUGACUGGACGAUGCCUGGAUCCUCUGGUCACUGGAGAAUGCAGAAUGACCUUGAGAUCAUCCGUCGCGCUGCAAACGUCGAGGACUGAGUAUUCACUCGCACAAGGAGGAGGCGGGAGCCUCCACUACACAUGUAUAACAUUUACUCGUCAGUGACGUGACUGGUUGGGUAUUUUUUCAAGAGUCAGCGAUGGAUAAGAAGUUUUCCGAGGUC